CUCGCCUCGGCUCGGUCCCUCCCGGAAGCCGCCGACGGAACAUGGGAACCCCCCCGCGGGGGCCCGGCCGGGGCAGCGGCGGCGGCGGCGGCGGCUUCGAGGAAACCGGAAGCCCGCGGUGACCCCCCGGCGACCCCGCCGGAUCGCGCCCCAGGUGGACCCGGACGCGGCGGCCCGGGGCCUGCGCGGAGGCUGCCAUGGAUGUACUGGUAGAAGAUGACAUCUGCAUUUUGAACCACGAAAAAGCCCACAGGAGAGAGACUCCAGUUUCAAUAUAUUCAGGAGAUGAGUCUGUGGCCUCCCAUUUUGCUCUCGUCACUGCAUAUGAAGACAUCAAGAAACGACUCAAAGAUUCAGAAAAGGAAAAUUCUUUCUUAAAGAAACGAGUAAGAUUCUUGGAAGAAAAGCUUAUAGGAGCUCGAUUAGAUGAAGAAAUAAAUUCUGUGGGGCGAGAACAAGUAAAUAAGGCCUACCAUGCCUAUCGAGAAGUCUGUAUUGAUAGAGAUAACUUGAAGAGCAAAUUAGAUAAAAUGAAUAAAGACAACUCUGAAUCUUUGAAAGUAUUGAAUGAACAACUGCAGUCUAAAGAAGUAGAACUCCUCCAACUAAGGACAGAAGUGGAAACUCAGCAGGUGAUAAAGAAUUUAAAUCCACCUUCAUCCAACUGGGAGGUGGAAAAGUUGAGCUGUGACCUGAAGAUCCAUGGUUUGGAACAGGAACUGGAACUCAUGAGGAAAGAAUGUAGUGAUCUCAAAAUGGAGCUACAAAAUGCCAAACAAACGGAUUCAUCUAAUGAAGACAGUCUAAAGAGCAGAGAUCUUCAAAGAGCAAGCAUUUCAAGUGAUAAUAUGCAACAUGCGUACUGGGAAUUGAAGAAAGAAAUGUCAAAUUUACAUCUGGUGUCUCAAGUACAAGCUGAACUACUAAGAAAAUUGAAAAUCCCAACUGCAAUUAAGAAAGCCUGUACCUCAGAAUGCAUGGAAGACCUCGGGAAAGAGAGCACAAAACUGCACUUGGCAAAUUUUACUGCAACAUACAAAAGACAUUCCCCUCUCUCACCAAAUGCCAAAACUCUUUGUCAUACCACAUCUUCCCCUGUACAAGGAGAUAUAAAGGUUUUAUCAGAGAAAGCAGUUCUCCAAUCAUGGACAGAUAAUGAGCGAUCAAUUACUCAGGAUGGAACAAACAUUCAGGAACACAACUCUUUGGGCAGAAACUCUCUGGAAGAUAAUUCUUGGGUAUUCCCAAGUCCACCUAAAUCAAGUGAGACAGCAUUUGGAGAAACUAAAAAUAAAACUUUGCCUUUACCCAACCUGCCACCAGUUCAUUACUUGGAUCAGCAUAAUCAGAACUAUCUUUAUAAAAACUAAUUCUGAAGAGAUUCAUGAUUUAGUCAUGAGGAUGUGCUAUCUGCCAGACUGGAUCUCCAGAAAGCAUUAACAAACUGAAAGUGGGUUUUGAUUACAUUUGCAGAGUUCAGAAACAUACAUUUGCACAUGCUAUAUGCCAUAUUAUGUAACUGACUUCCAGUAUGAAAGAGUGCCAGGCAGCUCUAUACUGUGGCUAAUUAUCAGAUGUCUUACUAAUAUGUUAAUAAACUAAUGGUGUUUCAAAAGGA